AUGGAAGGUUUUCAUACAAGACUGAGUAGCCAAUCAAAAUACAAUAGCCAAAUAAUAAAAGAAAAAUAUGUUAUAUGCAAUACGGGUGACAAGGAUAAACCAAAACCUUGUGAUACAUUGGCUACAAGUUCUGUCAAGAGGAAACCAAAUUCAAACAAGAUAAUUACUGGGUGUACAACAAAUAUUAUAUUUGAAAAUGUUUAUGGAACAACAGAUUACAAAGUUAAGAAAUUCUUUGAAAUGCACAACCACCCACUGGAAAGUAUUAAGGAAAGACCUUAUACGAAAAAGGCAAGAAAGAUGUCAUAUUCUGAAAAAGAGUUUGUAGUACGUGCAUCAAAAGCUAAAAUUGGUCCCACAAUGGCUCACAAAAUACGAGCAGUUUUGAAAGGAGGAUAUGAAUAUGUAGGGGCGAAAUUCCUACGUGAUGGAGAUCUGUUGGCUGCUAUGUUUUGGGUAGAUGAAAGAGAAAAGGCUUUUUAUGCAGAGUUUGGAGAAGUUAUAUCUUUUGAUGCAACUUUUAGAACAAACAAGUAUAAAAUGGUAUUUGUUCUAUUCACAACAGUUAACCACCACAAGAAAUCAGUUACUGUUGGUGUUGGGUUGCUGAGUAGAGAGACAAUUGGGUCGUAUGAAUCGGUGCUUAAAGCUUUUCUUAGAGCUCAUGAAAGGAAAGCACCAAAAAUUGUUCUAACUGAUCAAGAUGUAGCAAUAAAACAAGCAGUGGAAUCUGUCUUACCAAAUUCAAGACACAGACUAUGCAUGUGGCACAUAAUGAAAAAACUGCAAGCAAAGGUUACUGACGAUUUAUUUAAAAACAAAGACUUUAAGAAAAGAUUUAACAAGCUUGUUUGGAACAUGCAUAUCAAACCUGAUGAAUUUGAAAAGAAGUGGGAUUUGAUUAUUAAUGAAUUCGAUCUGAAAGAUAAAAGAUGGUUCAAUGAUAUGUUUGAAUUACGUGACAAAUGGAUACCUGUAUACUUCAGUGACACAAGAAUGUCUGGAUUGAUGAAAACCACUUUAAGAUCAGAAAGCAUGAAUUCCUUCUUCAACACUUACUCUCAAUCUGGAAAUUUACUUUUACAUUUCAUGAUGAACUAUGACACAACAAUUCAAAAACAAAGAAAUACACAACAAGAGCUUGAUCAUCAAACAAAGAAGGCGGUAUAUAAAUUUAUUUCACCACGAUCAAUAGAAAAACAUGCUGCAAAAGUUUAUACAAGAGACAUUGAAAUUAACAGAUCUGUCAAUCAAGCAUACUACAACUUUGAAGCAUGUUUGGAAUACGUAACAAAAAAUAAAGAAAAAAUGGAUUUGUUUAUUAAGAAAACAGAAAGAAUGCUGAAGGAAUAUGAAAACGAUCCUACAAAUGAAUUGCAGAAAAAUUGGACAGAUGUUGAAGAGGUAGGAAAGCUUAUGGGCAUAACUAUUCCAAAAGACAUUGACAUCAAUGUUCCAAAUGUUCAAAGCAAUAAAGGAUGCGGAAAGGAAAGUAGAAUUCAAAGUGCAGCAGAAAUAGCGUAUAAAAAUUCAAACAAGCAAACAAGAAGAUGCGCUCAGUUUAACCUAGACAUGUGUGGUUGA